GGCUUAUAUGUAGUAGCAUUAUGCGCAUGCCUCAUCAAGAUCGACAAUCGGAAGCUCUUACCAUAUGUAUUACUUGUAUCGGUUAUCUCAUAGUAUAGGUACCUACCUUAGCUAGGUUUCAAGAAGUCACAUACGCAAAAGAUUACUUUUUACAGAUAUUUUUACAGAUACGCACGUCCUUCACUCGUAGAUGCUGAUAUCAGGAUACUACAUACCACGUUACAACAUUUAUCCAAGGCAAAGAUUAUACACGGAAGCUGAAGGUUAUCAUAGAUAGUUGUAUCAUCCGAUCAUUAAACUAUACAGCCCAUCCCACGCGCACAGGCUCAAUCCAUACCUAAGGUAGUGAUCCGCAGAGGCGGCACGACAUGGCGGGACCAAAAGUUGCCAUCAAGGGGUACUGUGCCAUUUGUGCCGGUCCAUUCGAAACCCCUUAUUUCGAAGGUUUGGGCUAUAAAACGGAGAUAAUUCGCGAAGAGCAAGCUUCCUGGGUCACCAAAGUCCAUGUUCUAUUAGAACAGAUCCCCGGUAGUAGACUGGAAUGUAUAUCUGGUGUGGGAAAAAAAUUGAAGGAUAAUUAUAUUGAGCUCGAUCCCGAAGACGAUGUCAACCGUCUUAUACCGGAUUUUACGGUGAAACCAUUACGCGCCAUUCCCUUCCAUUGGCCAUGCUAUGAAAUAUUGGCCCUCGCCCUAUAUCCCAACAAGGACGACCCAAUUCAUCAUGUGGACCUAGGUCGGCUUUUCCUUACAAUGUCUUUGUUCACAGAGGAGGGGGCUUCGCUAGACCUCGAGACUGGUGCUGAGGAAAGACAAGAAAAACAUUAGGAAUCCUACCCAAGCGAAGAGCAUUUCAUUGCAAACCCAGCUCCCUCGGCCGAAUUGACAUUUCGUGUCGGGCAGCUCAUGGCAUGCGUGCCAUUCCCAAAGUCACUUCCAGAUUUUGAUCUUGGAAGUCGAGUAAUAAAUGACCCGUUCAAAAAACUACCAUCCAAUAUCAUCUACUUGAUCUGUCGGCAGCUCCCCGCUACAGAUAUUCCUUUAUUUGCCAGGGCGUCUUAGUGGGUUAAUGUUGCCCUUCGCAAAGGUAACUUCUGGAGGGAUUUUAUCAAAUACAACAUGCCUUGGUUCAUCGAAAUAGAGGAACUUAUUAAACUAGGCGCCUUGCGUCGUCAGAGUUUAUUCAGGGGAAUAUUUUUCUGGGCGUUGGAUACAAUCCGAUGCUGGGUAGGGAUAUCGGGUCCUCUCUUGCACGUUGCGAAUCGGCGGCGAAUAUGGGAAACCUGCGAGGACAUAGCAUUGGCUUACUAUAGUCUAUAAGGACGACGACUCUGACGCGCUAGAAGAGUAGUCUGAGUGAUGGAAUAGAAGAGAAUAUCAUUAUGC